AUGAAAGCAUUACUGAGCCUCGCUUUUGCUGCACUGGCCUUUGCCAGUUCCAAUUCUUCUUGUCGUUGCAGACCCCAUGAACCCUGCUGGCCCUCUCCACAAGAGUGGAACGCCCUUAACAGCUCCGUCGAUGGUAAUCUCUUCGCCGUUCGGCCGGUGGCCGCCCCCUGCCAUGAAGGAGACCCACAAGCGUGCGAUUUCGUCACGAAGCAAUGGUAUAACUCCACCUGGCGAGCCGCGCAGCCUGGCGCAGUGCAAUGGGGAAACUGGGAAUCGUGGCUAGAGCACAAUCAGACCUGCUCUAUUACGAGUCCUCAGACACCUUGUGGACAGGGAAGGGUUUCUCUAUACUCCGUCGUGGCUGAGUGCGCAUCACAUAUUCAAGAAGCUAUUCGGUUUGCCAAGAGACACAAUCUUCGCCUUGUCAUCAAGAACUCUGGCCAUGACUUUCUUGGACGCUCGACGGCACCGGAGUCAUUGCAGAUUCUUACCAACAGAAUGAAGAAUAUUCAGCUCAGCGAGAAUUUCAAACCGGCUGGUUCCCCAAAGAAUCUGUCGGAGGGUUCCGCCAUCACAAUCGGGGCUGGUGUCAGUUUACAAGACUUGUAUUCUGCUGCUGGGAAGAAAGGCAAGACAGUGGUUGCUGGCGCUUCGCACACUGUUGGUGCUGCUGGGGGGUAUAUCCAGGGAGGAGGGCAUUCUUUCUUGGGCCCCUGGAAGGGCAUGUCUACUGAUAAUGUACUCGAAUACACCGUCGUGACUGCUGAUGGCAACCUGGUUAUCGCGAACAACUAUCAAAACACUGACCUCUUCUGGGCUCUACGUGGCGGAGGGGGCGGCACCUUUGGUGUUGUUGUGACAGUCACCCUGCGCACUUUCGAUGAGGUCCCAGUCGUCAUUGGCAGUCUCAAUGUCAGUACUGUGGCCGGUGAUCCCAAUUUCUGGCAGAUCACGACAGAUUUCUUUGCUGCUUUACCAGCCAUAAACGACGGCGCUGGUGGGUACUAUUGGAUAAUGCCCAACGUGCCUGCGGACAAGACAAUGAAUGUAUCGUCAAUGUCGAUCAUACUGAUCGCUGCGAAUCAAACCAGCACUUCAAUGAUGGAUCGUCUCUAUGCGCCAUUCAGAUCUAAGCUGAAUGCAACCUCCGGCGUCUUCACUCAAUAUGAGUCCCUGGCCUUCCCCAACAUUCAUACUCUGCUGUCAGAACUCCUUCUUCCCGGAGAUAAAGACACAACUAGUUAUAAUACUAUCUUAGGCUCGAGACUAUUCUCCCGCGAUCUGCUUGUUUCGCGUGACGGCCCAAAGAAACUUGUCUCCGCCCUGAAGAAGCUCAAGUUCGGCUUUGAGGAAGUUAUCACGGGCCACAUCGUAGCGGGAGGCCUCGUCGCCAAGAACGGACGGACUAUCGACAGCGCUCUGAAUCCGGCCUGGAGGAAAGCUGCCACUCAUAUCGAUUUUGGGCGCUCCUGGCCGCCAUCUGCCACCCUUGCUCAACGCGAUGCUAUUAUUCGUCGUCUGACUGAUGUUGAGAUGCCGAUUCUCAAGGCUGUUGAGGGAAGGAAGAUGGGAUCCUAUAUGAAUGAGGCAAAUGCGUACGAGCCAGAUUUCCAGACCGAGUUCUGGGGAAGCAAUUACCCACGUCUGUACCAGAUCAAGCAGAAAAGGGAUCCGUCUGGUCUAUUCAUUGCUCGCAAGGGAGUGGGAAGUGAGGACUGGGAUGAUGCUGGUCUUUGCCGGGUUGACAGGAGGAAUUAG